ACAGGGAAUCCAUUGGUAACUUCCACUGAGGGAAUUCCAAAGAUUUUCUUCUUCUUUUUUAUGAAUAGAUUUGAAAGAGAACAAAUAAAUAUCUCCCUGCAGUUGAGAUUUCCAAGGAAAAUCUUUGCACAAGGAAUCACUGCUUCAUUCUGCACCUGCCACUUUUCUUCACUUAAAGGUUUUAAGAGGAAAUACCGGGAUGUGGAAACAGCCAGCAGCUUCGUCAAUUUGGCAACUCAUAAAGAUGACUUGGCCCUGAUGUAAAGUGUGGUAGAGGGAAAUUUACAUUUUUUCUUUUUUUUCCUUUGAGAACCCACAUCUUUCCUUCAACAAACCUUAUCAUUUCUGUCUCCAAAAGACUUAAAUAAACUAGUCUCAGAGAAGAUGGAAAAUAACCCACAAUUCUCCCUAAUGUAGAACCAUUAAGACAAAUAUUGCCUCUGGACCUGUUUUAAAGUUAAACAAUACAAUUUUGUCUUUUGCCACCAUGAUGAACAAGGAUGCAGUAGACUUCUCUCCCUAUGAAAUGAUAUGUUAUUGCUAUAGAAUGGAUUGAAGGCAUGGAUCACUGGGUUGAAAAUGAUCAGCUUCAGUGAAUCUGAUGGAAACAGAACACAGGUGACUGAGUUUGUUCUCACAGGGCUUACAGAUCAUCCAGGACUGCAGGUCCCCCUGUUCCUGGUGUUCUUGAUCAUCUACCUCACCACCAUGGUGGGCAACCUGGCACUGAUUUUUCUCAUCUGGAAGGACCCCCAUCUUCACACCCCCAUGUACUUACUCCUUGGCAGUUUGGCCUUUGCAGAUGCUUGUUCCUCAUCUUCUGUGACUCCCAGGAUGCUAAUGGAUUUUUUAUCUAGGAAUCAUAUGAUAUCACUGGUUGAGUGCAUCACCCAAUUUUAUAUUUUUGCUUCCAGUGCAAACACAGAGUGUUUCCUCCUGGUAGUGAUGGCCUAUGACCGCUAUGUAGCCAUAUGCAACCCUUUGCUUUAUCCAGUGGUUAUGUCCAAUAUCUUCUGCAUUCAGUUAUUAAGUGUUUCAUAUAUUAUUGGGUUUCUGCACCCUAUGAUGCAUGUCAGUUUGUUAUGUAGAUUAACUUUCUGCAAGUCUAAUGUAAUACAUUAUUUCUACUGUGAAAUUUUACAAUUGUUUAAGAUUUCCUGUACUGACCCUAGAGUUAAUAUGCUCCUGAUUUUUAUAUUUUCAGUCUUUAUACAGUUUUUCACUUUCAUGACUAUUAUCAUCUCUUAUUCCUAUGUCCUCUUUGCCAUCCUGAAAAAGAAGUCUGAAAAGGGCAGGAGCAAAGCCUUCUCCACAUGUAGCGCCCACCUGCUCUCUGUCUCCUUGUUCUAUGGCACCCUAUUCUUCAUGUAUGUGCGUCCUGGGUCUGGGCCAGCUGAAAAUCAAGAUAAAAUGUAUUCUGUAUUUUACACAAUAAUAAUUCCCCUACUAAAUCCUUUUAUUUACAGUCUGAGAAACAAAGAGGUGAUAGGUGCCUUGAGGAGAAUAAUAUACAUAAAUAGUUCUUAGGGCAAAAUUUAAACUUGCUCUUUUCAAACUUUGCAAAAUACAAGGGAUGUGAAGUUAUGCAAAUUAGCUUUGGCUUUAUAGUUUUAGUAGAAGACAGUGUCUAGGGCAGUUUCUGAGUGCCAUGUGAUGAAAGUCAGCUUCAAAGGAGAUUUGUUUCAAUGGAAGGAUAUCUAAUAUCACACAGAACUGAAUUCUUAAUGAAAAAUAGAACUAAGUAUUUAGAAUUUAUGUUUUUUACUCUUUGUAAAUUUCCUCUAAAUUAGAUAUAAUAGUUUGUAAUUUUAUCGUGGGAGACAUUUGCAUGUUUCUUUAUUUGAAACUGGUGUGACUAGCCAAGAUAAUUGUCCAGAGUCUGCAUAUCAAAAGCCUUACUACUUUUCCAGUUUGCAUUCCCAUCAACAAUAUAAGAGGGUUCUGUUUUCUCCACAUCCUCGCCAACACCUGUUUUUCCCUGUGUUAGUUAAUUUUAGCCAUUCUGUCUGGUGUGAGAUGAUCUCUCAUUA